GACCGAAAUCGGGCCUCAACCGGAUGGCGGUGGCGAGGCACGGCUACCGGCCCUGGGGCUCGAUCCUCGGGCUGCUCGGGCUGGCCUUGGCUGCCGCCGCCGCCUGGGACGUGGCUUCUCUGCGCUGCACCUUCGGCUCGUUCUGCGAAUGCGACUUCUGGCCCGACUUGCCGGAAUCUUUCUACACUGAUUUGACUGUUCUGGACCUCACUAUGUGGACCAGGCUGGUCUCAAACUCCCAGAGAUCCACUUAGCUCUGCCUCCAGAGUGCUAAGAGAUUAAGGGUUUGCACCACCAUAUUCUGGCUCUUUUUGUUUUUUGUUUUUUUAAAGAUUUAUUUAUUUUUUUAUUUAUAUGAGUACACUGCGACUGCCUUCAGACACACACUAGAAGAGGGCAUCAGAUCCCAUUACAGAUGGUUGUGAGCCACAUGUGGUUGCUGGGAAUUGAACUCAGGACCUUUGGCAGUCAGUGCUCUUUCCAUCUUUCCAGCCUCCCCCUUUUUUUUUUAAUAUUUAUGCUUUGCCUGCAAGUAUGGUUACAUCCAUGUGCCCAUGGAAGUUUGAAGACGGUGUUGGCUCCUCUGGGAUGGACUUACAGAUAGUUGAGAGCUACCAUGUGAGUGGUAGGAAUCGAACUUAAGUUCUCUGCAAGAGCAGCCAGUGCUGUUUGUUUGUUUGUUUGUUUGUUUGUUUUGAGACAGGGUUUCUCUGUGUAGCCCUGCUUGGCUGGCCUGGAAUUUACUAUGUAGACCAGGCUGGCCUCGAACUCAAAAGAGAUCUCCCUGCCUGUGCCUCCCAAUUGCCUGGAUUAAAGGUGUGUUGGAAUUCACCAUAAACCCAGGCUGGCCUUUGAUUGGGAGGAUUACUGCUGCCUCUGCCUCCCAGGGGCUGAGCUGACAGACAUGAGUCAACAGCCUGUCAUCUGCUUUGAUAUGCGUUCCUUCUGUGGCCCUAGGUCUGGAAUGUGACCUGGCUCAACACCUGGCUGGCCAGCAUUUGGCCAAGGCCCUGGUGGUGAAGUCACUGAAGGCCUUUGUACAGGACCCAGCCCCCAGCAAGCCGUUGGUCCUUUCCCUGCACGGCUGGACAGGCACCGGGAAGUCCUACGUUAGCUCCCUGCUGGCACAGCAUCUCUUCCGGGAUGGCCUUCGCAGCCCUCACGUCCAUCACUUCUCCCCUAUCAUCCAUUUCCCACAUCCCAGCCGCACUGAGCAGUACAAGAAGGAGCUCAAGAGCUGGGUUCAGGGGAACCUCACUGCCUGUGGCCGAUCCCUUUUCCUCUUCGAUGAGAUGGACAAGCUGCCUCCUGGCCUGAUGGAAGUCCUGCAGCCCUUCCUGGGCCCUUCUUGGGUUGUGUAUGGGACCAACUAUCGCAAAGCCAUCUUCAUCUUUAUCAGCAAUGCUGGUGGUGAGCAGAUCAACCAGGUGGCCUUGGAGGCCUGGCGCAGCCACAGGGACAGGGAAGAAAUCAGCCUACAGGAGGUGGAGCCAGUAAUCUCCCGAGCUGUGAUGGACAACCCUCAACAUGGCUUCUGGCGGUCUGGCAUCAUGGAGGAGCACCUGCUGGACGCUGUGGUGCCCUUCCUCCCGCUCCAGCGGCAUCACGUGCGCCACUGCGUACUCAAUGAGCUGGCUCAGUUGGGCCUGGAGCCCAGCGAGGAGGUGGUUCAGGCGGUGCUGGACAGCACCACCUACUUCCCUGAGGUAGAACAGCUCUUCUCCUCCAAUGGCUGCAAGACAGUGGCCUCCCGACUCACAUUUUUCCUCUGAGAAGCCCAGGUGGCAUCGCUGCCUCCUCUGCCUGGUCAGAGCAAACACGAAAGGCCUGGGUGGCUCCUGGAAGAAAUCUUUCCUAAGCUGGUUGGCAAGUGGGACCCAGAGCACAAUGUUAAGAUGAAGAAAGGUGUUGGCCAGGCCAAGGAAGAAAGGUCUAGAAGCAUCUUUGCUAAGAAACUCCUGGGUACCCCGCAACCUCACAGCCGUGCCAUUGCCCUGCAGUCUGAGCCUGAGCCUUCUCAAUGUGAACGGCAACUCAGGGACGAAGGCUCCUGGCUGCUUCCAGCUGGGGACUCUUACUGGCAUGCCUUGUCUGGCUCCUUUCCCAGACCUCAGCCCACAGACUGUGGCUGGACCCAGCAAUCCAGCUAGGCCAGGCUAGCACCUCACAGGUUCCCCAAAUGGAAGGACUCAAGCUACUACAUGGGCCUGAAUUUCAAAGUUUUUAAUUUUGUACAAGAGAACAGAGAUUAAAUAAACUUAGCCUUGGUAUUAGAA